AUGGAGGUGGACGAUGAUGAACAGCAGCAAGAAUCUUCCCUCGUCGACGAUUUUAACCGGAACUGCACUUUGUCCACCAAGCAGAGGCUUUACGGCUUUGCGAUUUGCUUGUGUGCCGGUAUAACUUGCACGCUCUUGUCGAUGCUAGUUUUCUUCCAUCCCAUCAAAUUUGGAAUAACUUUCUCGUUUGGCAAUCUGCUUGCUCUUGGAAGCACAGCAUUUCUUAUAGGCCCUAAAAGACAACUGACAAUGAUGCUUGACCCUGUUCGUAUAUAUGCUACAGCAAUAUAUAUUGCUAGCAUAAUAGUUGCUCUCUUUUGUGCUGUAUAUGUUCGGAACAAGCUAUUGACUCUUCUGGCAAUCGUGCUUGAGUUUGGUGCUCUUGUUUGGUGA